AUGGGAUGGGAUGGGAUGGGAUGGGAUGGGAUGGGAUGGGAUGGGAUGGAAGGGAAUGGAACGGAGGGGGAAGGAGGAGGGGGAGGAGGAGGAGGAGGGGAAGAAGAAGGGGAAGAAGGAGGGGAAGAAGAAGGGGAAGGGGAAGAGGAAAAAGAGGGAGAAAGAGAGAAAGAAGAGGAGAAAGAAAAGAGAAAGAGGAAGAGAAAGAAGAAGAAGGGAAGAGAGGAGAGGAGAAAGAAGAGGAAGGAAGAGAGGAAGAAGAAAGGGAAAGAGGAGGGGGGAGGAGAGGGGGGAGGGGAGGAAAGGGAAGAAGAAGGGGAAGAAGAAGGGGAAGAGGAGGGGAAGAAGAAGGAGGAGGGGAGUUGGAGGCGAGGCGGUGAGAUUGGGGGGGUAGAUAUUGGGGUAUAG